AUGAAACAAAAGUCUACUAGUGAGAUAGAUGUUGACUAUAAUCCUGAUGACACGGGCGAUGAUAGUGAGGAAGAUUACCAAGAAGUUGCUAGAACUGUUGGUCAAGUAUCCAAAAAGGUACACCGUGCACAAUAUAUUCCACCAAUGUCAAUGAAAAAGAUUGCUAAUUUAGCAAAGCUACAUCGAGUGAAUGCACCAAAUGUCUCCCAGAAGGUUCCAUCGGGUUCAAAUACAACAAGAUCGAAUCACCAACGAGCUACAGUUACCAUGGGUCAACUAAUAUCGAGUAAUAAAGGAGGAGCAAACAGAAGCAUGGCUCUUGUUGAUGAGGAUGAUUACGAGGAUGAUGAGAUAAUACAAGAAGUUAACAAGCGAGAUAUGGAACUAGAUGGUGUGUCGGAUGAUGAAAAUGAGUUGGAGAUUCAAGAUGGCGUUGAUCAAGAUGAUCAGUGUGAAGACAUGGACGACAUGAUACAUGCAAAUAAUCAAAAUGAGAAACAAAUGAAUGAUAAUGACGAUUUGGAAAUUAACAAUGAUGUUCAAGAACAAUCAAGGGCCUUCGAGUUAGGAAAAGCAUCAGGUCAUUUAGUAACUUCUAAAUCCAAGAGUAGAGGACCAACAAUGUUGCAUGUUGUGCAUAUGCAGAGUAUUCAUGAGCGCAAAGUCAUUAAAUGUAAUAAAUAUGGACAACCCAUUGGACCUGAAACAGCGGAGAAGGACGUAGCAGGAGAAUUCUCACGGUUUUUGGGUACAAUAGCUCGGAAUUACGAUUAUGCACCAUUAACCUAUGCUUCAUGGCACAAGGUGCCAAAUAAAGAUAGAAUAUGGCAGUAUGUCUUGGAAAAAUAUGAUGUGCCUGAGGCCGCUAAAACUUGGGUUUUAAUGACCAUUGGAAGUGCUUAUAAAAGACACAAAUGCAGAUUUAAGAAAAAGCCCUUCUAUCAAUAUAAAGACAACAAGACACGAUGGAAGAACAAACCUAAAAACAUUAAAGAUGAGGAUUUUUCAAAAUUGAUGACCUUAUGGAAUAACAAAGAUGAGGCGAAGCGUUGUUUGCGAGCCAAGGAAGCACGCAUGUCACAAAAAAAUAUGCAUAUAGCCGGUCCUAAAAGUUUUGCUAGGAUUCGAAACGAGAUGUCACUUAAGUUUAUUUAUGCUAUCAUAAAUACAGGAAAAUGA